CCAAAUCUUCCGGUGCAGUCCCCGCAACUACAUUAUUGGCAAUAAUAGGUCUAUGGUUUUUAAUUUCAGUUCCUUUAUGUUGUAUCGGAUCUCUCUUUGGAUUCAAAAAACCGAGAAUCGAACAUCCUGUUCGAACAAAUCAAAUUCCUCGUCAAAUUCCCGAUCAAGUAUUUUACCUUCGUCCAAUACCUUCGAUGCUUAUGGGAG